AUGGCAGGAGACUUGAAUUUAAAAAAAUCGUGGAACCCGGCUUUAAUAAAGAACCAGCAAAAGGUAUGGGAACUUGAACAAAAGAAACUUAAAGAAUUAAAAGAGUCAAAGGAAAAGAAUUUUGAGUUCAAAAAAGAGCAGGAAUAUUUGGAUCUUUUGAAACUACAGUAUGGAGAGAAUUUUAGUAAGGACCAAUUAUCGAGCAAUGAGAAGUUGAAGGUUAAUAAGUUAAGUUGGAUGUAUGAGGAUGUCCCCUUUGAGAAACAAGAGACGGAGUUGAUGAAUUCGGGUGGAUUUAUUGAAACCACAGAAGAGUUUACUGAGGGCAAGACAGAAGCAGAAAGCUUGUUAAGUGGCAACCGUGCAUUUAAAAAGCGUGACGCGAAUGGCUUCUCGAAUGAUAGAAUGAAUAAAGUGAUUGGAUUGGGAUUAAAGAAAUCAAAUGCAAGUAAUUAUGGAGACGAUCCAUUGGCAAUUAUUCAGAAACAACAAAUGCAAAAGCGCAGCCAGAAACAGAGAGAAACACUGCGUGCAUCUUCGAAUAAUCAUGAUGAAGAAGCCCCUAGAACGUCACAUGGGGAAGAUAAAAGCCACCAUAGGUCGAAGCAUCGUUCCCGUGGACAGAGUUCUUCAAGUAGCCAAAGACAUCAUGCUUCGCGAGACAGACAUAAUCGGCAAAAGUCAAGUGAAGGACAUAGACUGCACAAGUCGAGAGAAGAGCACUCGUCGCACAAAUCUCGGGAAGAUAGACACUCAAGUAAACACUGGAAUUUAGAAAACUCACAAAGGAGCAGAGAUCGAUCACCAACAAGAUAA